UUAUAUACAUUUAAUUUAAUUAUACGUCAUCGUGUUUCAUAAUUUAUGGUGGAUCUAGCUCUUGUUUAUGCUUGUUAAGUAUGACGCUCUUCAGUUUCCCGUUUCCUACACAAAUCCUUGUUUUGUCUCGCAGUUUUUGGUCAUACUAGUGCCACUUUAAUAGUAAUGAUGGGUACGAUGCUGUUCACCCGGAGGCCACGUUGGUUUAGCGCUGUACGGGUCACGUGACCUCGCUGCCUUCCACGCGCCUAUGACUUCGGCCUCAAUUUUUAAUGCUUGUUUACGUAAUGCUGCAUUUUAGAUUUAUUUGACGCCCAUUUUGAGUCUGCACAAAACGGAAUAAAUUACGUGGUAUUUGAAAAUGCGGUAAAUCUUUUCAUGUCUAUAAACGGAGGAGCAGAAUGCAUAUUAAUAUCCGCACUGCCACCGCAUGCCAGUGUUUUCACAGCAAACGAAUGCAUAUGCUGUGGUUAUCUUGGAUUAUAUCCAAACCUGAGAGCUUUAGUCAUCAAUUGGGCGAUCUUGGCUUUGUCCGCUUCUGCUGAGAUGAUUGAAGCCCCCACAGGGGUGGAAGAGCACAAACAUUCAGUGGAAGAGACGUGAUCCCCAUCGUUCCGUGUGUCUGCUGCCGUUAUGGAUGAGCAGGCGUUGCUUGGGCUGAACCCCAAUGCCGAUGCCAGCUACAGGCAGAGAGCUCUCGCUUAUUUUGAGCAGCUGAAGGAGUCUCCUGAUGCCUGGCAAGUGUGUGCUGAGGCCCUGGCCAAAGGCGUUUACAGCAACGACCAUGUGAAGUUCUUUUGCUUCCAAGUGCUGGAGCAUCAGAUCAAGUUCAGGCAUGGGACCCUCAACGCAACGCAGCAGCAGCUCAUCCGUGAGACGCUCAUGAAAUGGCUGCAGUUGCAGCUGAUGAGUGCCCAGUCGGAGAAGGUCUUCAUCCGCAACAAGGCGGCACAGGUAUUCGCCCUGACCUUCGUGACCGAGUACCUCACGCAGUGGCCCAAGUUCUUCUUCGACAUCUUGUCCCUUAUUGGGCUGAACCCACGGGGUGUGGACCUGUACUUGCGUAUGCUGAUGGCUAUCGACGCCGAGGUGGUGGACCGCGACAUCCAGCACUCUUCCGAGGAGACGCGCAGGAACACCCUGAUCAAGGACCGAAUGAGGGAGCAGUGUAUCCCCAGCCUGGUGGAGUCCUGGUACCAGAUCCUGCACAGCUACCAGCAGAGUCACUCUGAGCUCACGUGCCAGUGCCUAGAGGUGGUGGGGGCUUACGUGUCUUGGAUCGACCUCAGUCUUAUUGCCAACGACAGGUUUGUUAGCCUGCUGCUGAGUCAUAUGUCGGUGGAGGUCCUGCGAGAAGAGGCCUGCGACUGCCUGUUUGAAAUUGUCAACAAGGGCAUGGACCCCAUCGACAAGACCAAGCUGGUGGAGUCUCUGUGUCGGGUGCUGCAGUCUGCUGGCUUCUUCAACGUGGAACAGGAAGAGGAUGUGGAUUUCCUGGCCAAGUUCUCCAAGCUGGUGAACGGCAUGGGCCAAGCCCUGAUCACCAGCUGGACCAAGCUGGUCAAGACAGGAGACGUGAAGAACGCCCAGGAGGCUCUGCGUGCUCUGGAGGCUAAGGUGGCGCUCAUGCUGCAGCUGCUGGUCCACGAGGACGACGACAUCUCCACCAACGUGGUGGGCUUCUGUUACGACUACCUGCACAUCCUCAAGCAGCUUCCAAUUCUUUCGGAUCAGCAGAAGUCCAACGUGGAGGCAGUCAUGAUAGCUGUGAUGAAGAAGCUCACGUAUGACGAUGAAUACAACUUUGAAAAUGAGGGGGAGGACGAGGCCAUGUUUGUGGAGUACAGGAAGCAGCUGAAGCUGUUGCUGGACCGUCUGGCCCAGGUGUCCCCGGAGCUGCUGCUGGAGGCCGUCCGCCGGGUCUUCAACACCACCAUGCAAAGCUGGCAGACUGCGCCUUUCAUGGAGGUGGAGGUAGCCAUCCGUUUGCUGUACAUGCUGGGGGAGGCUCUGCCAGCCUCGCAGGGGGCACACUUCUCUGGGGACAGCACCAAAGCCAGCGCCCUUCAGGACAUGAUGCGGACGCUGGUCACUUGCGGAGUCAGUGAGUACCAGCACACUUCUGUGACCCUGGAGUUCUUUGAGACUGUUGUCCGCUAUGACAAGUUCUUCAUCGUGGAGCCUCAACACAUUCCAAAUGUCCUGAUGGCAUUCUUGGACCAUCGUGGCCUAAGGCACAGCAGUCCAAAAGUGAGGAGCAGGGUGGCCUACCUCUUCUCGAGAUACGUCAAGACCUUGCAUAAGCACAUGAGUGCUUUCAUCGAAGACAUCCUCAAUCGGAUACAGGACCUCCUGGAACUUUCACCCCCAGAGAAUGGCUAUCCAGCCCUGCUGACCAGCGAUGACCAGCUCUUCAUUUAUGAGACGGCUGGCGUGCUCAUUGUGAACAGCGAGUACCCUGUGGAGAGGAAACAGGUUCUCAUGAAGAACCUUCUGGAGCCUCUUCUGGGUGCCUUCAAGCUGCUGCUGGGGAAGCUGCUGCUGGAGCAGGAUGAGGAGCGACAGGCCGGCCUGGCUGACUGCCUGAACCACGCUGUGGGAUUCGCCAGCCGCACCAGCAAGGCCUUCAGCAACAAGCAGACGGUGAAGCAAUGCGGCUGCUCUGAGGUCUACCGCGACUGUCUGCAGACUUUCCUGCCUGCGCUGAGCUGCCCCGUCCAGAAGGAGGCGCUGCGGAGUGGCGUGCGCACCUUCUUGCACCGCAUGAUUAUAUGCCUAGAGGAAGAGGUGCUGCCCUUCAUUCCCUCUGCCUCGGAGCACAUGCUGAAGGACUGCGAGGCCAAGGACCUGCAGGAGUUCAUCCCCCUAAUCAACCAGAUCACUGCCAAGUUCAAGGCCCAGGUGUCACCGUUCCUCCAGCAGGCCUUCAUGCCGCUGGUGCAGGCCAUCUUCGAGGUGCUGGCCCGGCCAGCUGAGGAUAAUGACCAGACGGCAGCUCUGGAAAAGCAGAUGCUGAGGAGGAGCUACUUCACCUUCAUUCAGACUGUGGUCAGCAGCGGCAUGAACGAGGUCAUGGGCAACCAGGAGCUGGAAAACAUCGAGAGGGUCCUCUUCACCAUAAUCCAGGGGGCUGUCGACAUCCCUGACCCCAUAGCACAGAAAACCUGUUUCAUCAUCCUCUCCAAACUGGUAGAGCUUUGGGGGGGAAAAGAUGGAUUAGUGGGGUUUCCGGAUUUUAUCUACAAACACAUUGUGCCAGCCUGCUUCCUGGCUCCUCUCAAGCCGACCUUUGACCUAUCAGAUGCCCAGACUAUGUUGACGUUGUCUGAGUGUGCCCUGACGCUGAAGAUGAUUCACCUGAAAAGGGGACCAGAGUUCAUUCAGUACCUGCAGCAGGAGUACCUGCCCUCUCUGCAGGUGACCCCAGACAUCAUUCAGGAGCUCUGCCAGGUGCUUCAGCAGCCAGAUUCAAAGGUCCUCAAGAAUUACAUAAAGGCAUUCUUUCAGCGAGCCAAACUGUAAUACUGGAAAUUCCAAGGAAGAGGGACGGAGGGGGGAAAAGCCUGAGGAAGAGGGGGUCAGUGCCCUUUCAGAAAAGAGGAAGGGGAGGCUAGCAUUGGACUCGCUUUUGCACUUAUCAGUUUGCAUAACGAAACCCAAUCCUGUCAUGUGGAGGCUCGCAGUGGAGGACGACAGACAGCAAAGGCAGGGUCACUGCCCCAGUCCAACCAAACGCGUGUGCCCAGUGUGGGUUUGGCCUGGUCAGUGCCUCGUGGGCUGUUGGUCGAUGGCUCAGCCUGUUUGCAAGGCAGGACUAAAACUGUGGACUAUAGGAGGAAAGGGUAGGUACAGGAAGGGGAUUGUAUGAGGGCUAGGCAGGACGGAAUUGCCUGGGGGGGGAGGGGCAUCAAUAGAUUAUUUUUGCCAGGAGGAGGGUUGGAUUUAUAGGUCUGAUAUAACAGACUGAGGCUAAAUGGGCGUCUCCCUUUGAACUUGCAGAUUUGUAAUAUAAGGAGCCCUUUUUUUCCAAGACAUUUAUUUAAUGAUACAGAUUUUAUGUUUUGAAGCAGGAAAUUUUUGUUACGUUUUGGCCAGAAUGACAUGAAUCUUGGAUGCUUCUGGCUGCAGUGUAAUUGCUCUCUGUCUCUAACUGAAUAUUAUUUCAGCCAAAAUAGUUUGCAUGUCCCUCCCUCAGAACUCAGUAGUAUUUACUGGUAUAUAUUUUUUUCCUUGAAUAAACCAUAGAUUUGUUUAUGGAUUAUGUAUUAUAUUUUUACAGUGUCUAAUUUUCACAUUUGUAGGAAUAUAACGAUUGACUGGUCCUUGCGUACAUUUCAGAGGACCUAUACUGUAAUCGAUGUACCUGGACAGUGAACCAAAAGCAUAACAUUAGUCAUUUAACAUCAUCACCCAGGAAGCUGAGGAGGGGCAUUACGUUUCACUUCACUUAAUCUCCCAUCUGCCAAGACACGGUCUGGACUUCGUCCCUUAUCCAAAAUGCACCUUCGCUUUAACCGCGAGUGCUUUGUGCUUCUUUGCAAACCUCACCCACAUAAAAGUUUUGCCUACUAACUAUGAAGAACUGUAAAAAAAAAAAAAACCAUUUGAUAUAAGUAGAGCGCUUAAAAAUUGCAAAAUAUUUUGGAGACUUGAUUUGCAUACUGCUAUGUUUUAUUUGUUUAAAAAAAUAUAUAUAUUCCUGUUACAGGAAGUGAGCCAGACUUGAAUGUCUUAAUUUAGCCAAAUGGUUUAAUUUUUUGAGAUUUAGGCAAAAAGGAAAAAAAAUGGUGAAAUUUUAAUGGUUAGCAGUAAUUGUUACUGCACUUUGAAUUUUAUUGUGAGUUCUCAUGGACAAAGGUUAGUUCCUAUUUUCAAGGGAUUCCCCAGCAGUGUCAUGUGACCAAUGGAGUUCAGUUUUGCUAUGUGAAUGUGCGUUAAUAGGGACGUUUGGAGGAGGCAGAAUCAUGACAGGAUUACUGACAUUUAUCAUGGUGCCAUAUUUCAUUGUACCUGGACAUGGAAAGGAAUGGAAUGCACGUUCUGAUAUUAAGUCCAUGACUGAGAUUCCCUGUAUGUUUCAACUCGGCUCAUCUAAAUAGGUGAUGGUUGAACAAUUAAAACUGAUGAUUUUGACCAACA